AUGGCCUCUGACAAAUGCAUAGCUUUAAGGGCAGAACAGCGAAAACGGAAACAAAAUAGCCGAUCGGAACCAAAAGGAAAACGUUUCAAAAAUGGGAAUGUGAGACAAAAUCGAGAGUCAGAUGAGAAUGUAGACGUUGUUAACGUGACCGUUCCAACCGACUUUGACCUACAUAUUGUGAAGAAAGAGGAGCCAUAUGAUGAAGCAGAAUACGGUGCUCCUUACCAAAAUUAUGACGGAUCUACGGGAGAUUUCGGCGCUAUAUACGAUACGUCGCAAAUAGAUGAUGACUAUAAUUACGACUGCGGCCCACCACUGGAUUAUGACCUGGAUUCGCGCUCUGAUUGCGAGAGAGUUCUCGAUUUUGGAUAUUCAGACAACGAAAUUGCAAGUGGAGAAGAUUGGACCCGACCUCCAGAACAUGUAAUCAAGCAGGAGCCACCAGAUUCACCAAUCUCGUCUUUUCCUGAACCAGACUACUUUGGCGCUUAUUAUCAAGAGGGAAACCCCUCUCCUGCUGCGAACAGGCACGAUGCCAUAUCACCAUUCAUGGAAAGGGAUGACUUAGACGCUAUGUUAGAAAUGGAAGAGCAAUUGGCUACAAUGCACGUAGUGAAGUCGGAGCCAGAUGACGUGAGUUAUGACGACGUAAACAAUGAAAUUCGCCAAGAAUCGGAUCAUGCUGCGUUUAAUCUUGAAAGAGAAUUGAACGGUUAG